AUGAAGCAGGCCGACGACGAGGAAGAUACGCGUCUGCUGGAGGACGCAACGGGCUUUGUCGAGCACGACGAGCCUGCGCGAUCGACGCGAUGGACGCUUCGGCGCAAGCUGGUCGUGGGCCUCGGGCUGCUGGCGGCGCUUCUCGUUGGCGUAGCCGUCUGCCUCCGCCCGAUCGCGCAGCACGCGCUGGCGACGACGGGCAUGACCAUCCGCCGCAUGCAGCUCGCGUCGCCCACAGCGCACAGCGCGCAACUCACGACGCAGCUCGAGGUGGCGUCGGGCAGUCUCUUUGGGGCGACGAUGGCCGCGACAACGCUCUAUCUGCACUUCAACGGGAGCAUCUUUGGCUCGUUCAUGACACCGUCGAUGGCCAUUUCGCAUGGCUCGUCGCUCCACACGAUCGCCAAUGCAACGCUCAACGUGACCGACAUGGCGGUCUGGGGCCGCUUUGCUGCCGCGAUGGUCCAGUCCAACACGACCGCAUGGAUGCUCUCGGGCUCGGUGGACCUCUCGGUGCACCUCGGGCUCUUCUCCGUGCCCAUCUCGGGCCUGUCGCUCGAGAAGGACAUGGUGUUGGUUGGCAUGCAUGGCCUUUCAACGCUCGCGAUCACGCAGAUGGACUUGACGGCGUCCACGGCGACGAGCGUGGUCGCGCACGUCGAGACGUGUCUCUGGAACCCAUCCGCCACCGCGCUCACACCCGUGGGCACGCUGUGCUUGGACGUCGCGUACACUGCGCCUGGCAACGUCACAGCACACGUUGGGCGCAUCUCGGGCGACGCCAGCCUCAACGUGACGAUGACCGACGCAUCAGACAGCGCGUGCCGACAUUUUGGGCCCACGGGCUACAACCACCUCGCGCUCACAGGGUCGAUUGUCUCGUCGGACCCGCUGGUGACGAGCGCGAUGAUCUCAACGUACCUCAGUGGCCGCGCCGCGUCCGUGAGCGUCACGGCCUGCACGCCACACGCCACGUCCAUCCCGCUCUACAAUGCAGCGCUGACCAACCUCUCGCUCCACUCGACGCUGCCACCUAACCCUGUGCCGCUCAUCUCGGAUCUCGCGUUCGAGUAUAUGCAAGUUGUGCCCGCGGGACCACGCACGGUGCGGCUUCAAACCCGCGUGGUGGUGACCGCCAACAGCCCGCUCGGCCCGCGCUCGCCCUUGGUGCUAACCAACAUGACGAUGCAGCUGCGGCUCGCCACGCCGGGUGCCAUGCUCGGUGCUUUGACCAGUACGUCGGUGGUCGUUCACGACGCGUUGGUGGCACAGACAAAGCUGCAUCUCGACCUCGCGGCCGACCUCGCGUUGACCCGCGAUGGCGAGCCGUUUGGCGUGUUUGUACAGCGCAUGCUUCGUGCGCCAAACGCCACGCUGGCACUUGCUGGACGGUUCGCGGUCCACGCCACGGGUGCCCUCGGCACGCUCCACUUGGCCGAUAUCCCGCUGCUGCUCAAUACGCCACUGCAAGGCAUGGAUGGCCUCUCGAAUGUGUCGGUCUUGAACUUUUCCAUGCCGGGGGUUCUAGCCCCCGAAGGCGAAGCGUUCUCGGCCACGAGUGUGAUUUGGAAUCCAUCCGUCGUCGACAUGCCAGUGGGCAACGUCGAGAUGACGUUGCGCACGGCCGACGAAGCAUUUGGUGUCGUCUCGGGCGUCAUCGCGAUCGCGCCCGGGAGCAAUGCGAUCGCGCUCACGGGCCAUCUCAAACCGUCGUUGGAUGCGCAUGGCGGCGUGAGUCGGGCCAUGAACGCCUUCUUUUCCAACUACUUGGCGUACAAACCGUCGGUGCUCGCUAUCGAGCUCACGCACGUGGCCCAGAACGUGCCCUGGUUGCAGCAAGCUCUCACGUCGUUUACGCUGCCGACGACCUUUCCCGGCGUCGACACGUCGUUUGCUCUCGUCAAGAGUCUUGCGAGUCCGCGCAUGCACGUGGUGUUUACCGACGACGGCGAGAUGCAUCUGCAGGCGACGCUGCUGGCGCUGAUCGCGAUGCCCGACGCACUGCGUCUUCCCGUCAACAUUACCCACCUCUCGCUCAUCGCCGACCUUGUCUUUGAGAAUGCGAGCGUCGGGCACAUGCACCUGCCCCGUCAAGGUGUCUCGUACACGGAGCUUGUGCCGGGCGCGGGGCAUCUCGAGAUUGAUAUGCCGCAUGCGGUGGCGUUGCGCAUUCCCGACACGUCUCGCGCCCGCAUGGCGGCGUUCAUUUCGGCGACGGUCUUUGCGACCGACGUGGUCUUGCUCUCGAUUGCGAGUGGGUCGAUGGACGGCGAUGGCGCGUCGCCGCGGGCCGAGACGCCCAUGGGAACGCUCGAGCUCUCGGGGAUCCCGCUGAAUGGCGCGAUGGCACUGCAAGGCAUGGGCGGCCUUGCAGGCAGUCCCGUCGAGAUCCAAAGCGUCGAUAUCACGCGCGGCACGGUGUCGGAGCUCUACUUGUCGAUGACCAUUGCCAUGCGCAACCCGUCGCAGAUGGCAGCGACACUCGGCGACAUGCUCGUGGACGUCUCCGUCGACGGACAAGGGCGUCUUGGGUCGGCGCGCUUGCACAACGUGUCGCUUGCGUGCUGCAAUGCGUCGAGCCUUGUGGCAGGGUCGUUUGUCCUGGCGCCGAGUUCGGCCGCGCUCGCCGAUGCCUUCUUGUCCAACUUUGUGUCGGGCUACUAUACCCACGGACGUCCGCAAACGAUUCACAUUCAUGGGACGCCGGCGAGCUCCAACAAGACGCUGCUCCAGCCUGCGCUCUCGCAGCUGUCGCUGGACACGGCCGUGCCGCCGCUGCCGAUGUUGUUUCCCGAGACACCGACGUUGGUCGCAAGCUCGUUCAUGUACCCGCCGUCGAUCUUUCACUUGCUCACAGUCGCGACGGCCCUUGUCCUGCGCAACCCGUUUGGCCACACGAUCGACGUGGCGGCGGUCGACCUCGAGCUGUACCCGUGCAAGACCCAGCGCAAGGAUUCUGCGGGCGUCCUUGUCUGUGAUGAGUAUUAUGAGCAGCUCCUCGCGCGCUUUCACCGAGGACAUGGCGGCGAUGGUGAUCCCGCCAAAAAACACGGCGGGCUGCCUCUCGUGCUGCCAAGGGACCAAGUGCGGAGCAACUGCCCGGGUGCUGUCGAAGGCACGUGCUUGCACGCGGAGGUGGCGUCGCUGCUCAACCCGGCGCUCAUCUCGGUGCUCUUCAAGACGAUGACAACAGGGCUCCUCAUGCGCGUCAACGGAACGCUCACGGCCAACGUGAACGCAUUCCCGAUGCACAUGCAUUACGCGCAAGACGGUCUCCUUGUGACCAUGGCCUAA